GGCGGGCUGACCGGGCAAAUAGGGAGCUAUUCUUGCGCAAUACUUGCUCGUGCAUGCUCAACCCCUGCAACGGCAAUGUACUAGUUUUGUAUAGAUCAUCAGAUAACUUUUUUCGUUGUGGCCCAGGUACAUGAAGCUAAAUCGAGGGCCGUGGAGCACCGCCAAAAGAGAUUCCAUCUGCCGAGCCGGCAUUGGAAAAGCCGCUGCAAAACUUUUUCUUUUUCUUAAACGGAUCUUCCCCUUCUGAUUAGAGUCCGCUUUUAAGGUUAUUCCUUUAUCUUAGCACGUGGAUCGGAGGCCUGGCCAAAGAGGUUGUCUCGCUUGACCCAGACGGAAUCGCCCUCCCUUACCUUUCAGCACGGAGCAGGGUUCUUUAUUUUUUUUUUUCGGAGCUGCAGGGGAAGUCAUAGAAAAUACGUUACAUUUUACAUUUAACAUAUUCACUGCUCCUCCGCGACUGUUAUCGCUAGAUCUCCUUUGUUGUCUUUGACAUUUCGAUCAGGUUGCGCGUCACCAACACAACACCAAACAACAUGUCUAACGAUACACGCGACGCACAAGGUGCGCUCGCCCCUGCUGCGGCUGCGGCUCCGGGUACGCCUACAGACAAUACAACCGUCGUUACAGACUCUACGGCGACGAGCGAGGCCGGCAAUACCCCCCAUCAAUUCAACGAGCAGACAAACUAUGUCACCAAGAGAACCAUCAUCACGAUCUUUUUGGCUUGCGCCGGUGUCGAUCUGCUGGCAUUGAUGGAUCAGACGACACUUGCUGUCAGUUUGUACAUCAUUGGUCGUUCGUUCGGGUCAACUGAAAAUGUUGGCUGGAUCGCAAACGGCUACUUCAUCACCUCGACUGUUGGCCAGCUCAUCUACGGCCGACUAUCGGAUAUCUGGUCUCGCAAGGUCGUUCUCCUCUCCGGUCUUGCCAUCUUCUUCUUCGGUUCCUUGGCCUCGUCUCUCUCUCAAUCGGUCAUCCAGCUCAUCAUCUUCCGCGCCAUCACAGGUAUCGGUGGCGGUGGUCUGAUGACGGUUGCCCAACUCAUUGUAAGCGAUGUUGUUCCUUUGCGCGAGCGAGGAAAAUACCAAGGUAUCCUCGGUGCUGUUGUCGCCAUCGCAAACGGUAUCGGUCCGGUCAUUGGUGGUGCACUCUCGUCCAAGUCCGCCGAUUCAUGGCGAUGGAUCUUCCGCUUGAACUUGCCCCUGACCCUGCUCACAACCACUGGUGUUUUGUUCUUUAUGCCUCUGAAGAAGGUUGAAGGUGACUGGAAGCUCAAGCUCAAGGCUGUCGACUUUUUCGGCAUCUUGCUGGCGUUUGCCAGUAUGACGAUUUUCAUUCUUGGCCUUCUCUGGGGCGGUAAUGAUUACGAAUGGAACUCUGCCCCCGUCAUUUCCACCAUUGUAGUUGGUUUCGCCUUGGGCGUUGUCUUCGUCCUGUGGCAAUGGAAGGGUGCAAAGUUGCCUCUGGUUCCUCUCCACAUUUUCAAGUCGAAAAUCACAAACGGCGCUUGCAUCACGAUGGCAGUAAACGGCUGGAACUUUGUCAUGCAAGUCUACUACAUUCCGUCCUUCUACCAGCUGGUUUACGGAUACUCAGCUACGCGAUCGGGUGCCAUGUUGCUUCCACUCACCCUCGUUCAGACACUCAGCAGCACACUCUCUGGUCUCAUGGUUCAUUGGAUCGGCCGCUACCGAGAAUGCAUCCUCUUUGGUUGGGUUUGCUGGGCCGUUGGAUUGGGUCUUAUGUCGACACUCGAUGAAAACUCGGGAGUCGGCAAGCAGGUUGGCUAUGCCAUCCUCAUUGGUGUUGGUGUUGGUAACACCUUGCAGCCCGCUUUGAUCGCCAUUCAGGCCGGUGUCGAGCGACGCGACAUGGCCGUCGUGACUUCAUUCAGAAACUUCAUCAGAAACGUUGGUGCAACCAUUGGCUUGGCCAUCUCUGGUAGUAUCAUAAACAACAUUGUUGCCAACGCCUUUUCGUCGGCAGGUGUCGACCCUGUUCUUGGCAAGAAGAUCACCACGAACCCCGAGAGCUAUUUCGCCUCCGUUUCCCCCGAAGAGGCGGAUCACAUGCGAGGCAUCAUUAUCCCUGCCUACCGAAAGGGCUUCCGCACCAUUUUCUUGGUUGGUGCCUCCCUAGCCUCCUUUGCUUUUGUUGUUGCGUUCUUUAUGAUUCCUCAGGUUGAGCUUUCUCGCCCUGACGACGCUCGUCUCAAGGCGGAGGCCAAGGCUGCCGAAGCUGAGAAGAAGAAAGAAAAGGCAAACGCCGCAUAAUGGAAGAAAACCAGCAUUCUAUUUGGCGCAGAUUAGACUACAGUACAGUAAUUAUAGACAGAACAGAAGAGAAAUGUUUUUGUUUCUACG